AUGUGGGCAAUCUCUAGAUCUUCUCGCGAAGUCUAGAGAUUAAUGAAAUGGGUCGUCGAGUCGUCUCCGGUGGUUGUCACCCGGCGGAGCGGAAAAACGACGACUUUGCGGCUCUUCGACGACUGUCACCCGACGGAGAGGAGCUGGAUGGAGGUGGGGCGCAUGUCAGGGAGCUUCAUCCUCAGGUCCGCGCAGCAAGAGGAGGCUCUUCAUCGCAUCUGGUACGCUCUCAAGAGGUGGCGACUCAUCUCCCGGCGGAUCGUCCUCUUCCCGACGACGGCUUGUUCAUCGAUCAAUCGGAGAUGAUUUACUCAAUGGAUUCGCGAUCCCUUUAUUGCGAAUCGUUCAACAAUUUUAGUAACAAUGCUCUGCGAAUCGCGUUGACGAGAUUUUCGCCGAUGAUCCAGCGAUUCUCGUUGCUUAAUCCUUCACCGGCGAUCUGCAAAAAAGUUGCGAUAAUCAGAUAAAAAUAUAUGAAUUUUGACUCUAGAAGGAUUCAAACCCGUGCCGGUUGUCCGCCCCUUCUGAGGAAGGUGUGACACGGGUUUAGUCCCACAUCGGUUGUGCGCCGAUUUUUCAAGUGAAUAUAUAGUAAUGUUAGCUUUCUAAGCAAAGUCCCUUCUCUCGCGUGUACGACCACUCCUUGCCCCACAGCCGGCUGGCCACCGGUGACGUGGAAGGGGAGUGGCGCACACGUGCCCCUAUCGGUCCAAGCCGCUCGAGCCCCUGCUCGUGGCUACUCCCCGACUGAGCUUCCGACCCGCUUGCGGGCCCGACUGGCCGGCAGGUCCUCCCAUUUUGCAAUAUUUUAGUUUUAUUUCUUUUUCUUCAUUUAUGUCAAAAGUAAAACUGUAAAAAUCAUAUAAAUUCGUAUAAAAUCACAUAAUUACCCAAAAAAUCACAUUAAUCAACUGAAAACCACUUUUCACACUUUAACACAAAUAUAAGUCUAUUUAUCACGAGUUAAGGCUAAAACUAUAUUAUUUACUAAUUAUUAACUCAUGAUAAUGAAGACUUAUCACACCCCAAAACUUAAAUCAUUGCUAGUCCCUUAGCAAUGGAAUUACGAAAAUAAAAAUUUACAAAUCUCAAACAUCAUAUUUCAAUACAAAAAAUAAAAAUACAAUUAGAAAUGAUGCACCUUUAGACACUUUGGACUCUUAUAUCAAGUCUUUAAGAAUGAUGUCAAGCACUUAAAUGUUUAAGCACUCCUUGGAAUAAGAAUCUAGACUUCACUUCUUCUAUUCACAUCUUUAUCACUUCUUCACUCAUAGAUAUAUUUACAAGAUGUUCUAAUUAUCAAUAA